AGUUCCAGUCUUUGAUCCAGAGACAGAAACCCAGAGAAGAGCAACAAGGAGAAUGGCUGUGUCUCCUGUAAAUGAGCACCAGGUUCUGUUGACAUUCAGGGAUCUGGAUGUAGACUUCUCCCAGGAGGAGUGGGAAUGUCUGGAUUCUGCUUGGAGGGCCUUGUACAUUGAUGUGAUGCUGGAGAAUUACAGAAAUCUAGUCUUUGUAGAGAAACAUCGAAUAUGUGGUAAACAUGAGAAUAUCUUGGAUCAAGGCUCAAAGUACAUUGUUUAUCAGCAUGUGAAUAUCCAACAGAAGUCUUACAAUAAGCUCAACAAAAUGCUUUAUGAAUACUCUCAGUGUACACCUUUUAACACACGUGAAACUACAGGAAACUGCAACAAGUAUGGAUGUGGUAAUCACAGGGAUGCCUCUAUUGGAUUAUCAAACCUAAACAGUCAUAAAAGUGGGAAUACUGAAGAAGAACCUUGCAAAUAUAAAGACAGUGGGAAAUGUUUAAAUUUGUAUUCCAUCACUACUCAAAAUCAAAGCAUACACAAUGGAUGGAAAAAGCAGAAAAAUACAAUGUAUGAUAAAUCAUUUGACUUGAAACUUAAACUUACUCUGAAACAAAUCCGUAGUGGAAAGAAAUCACAUCAAUGCAGGAAAUAUGGUAAAUGCCUCCAGGCCUACUGCAGCUUCAGCAUACAUCAGACAACUCAUUAUAGAGUGAAACCCUAUGAAUGUAAACCAAGUGGCAAAUGUUUUAAUCAGAUAAAUCAUCAGAGAAUUCAUAUAGCAAAGAAACAUUACAAAUGGAGUAAACUUGAGAAACCUUUUUCAAGUAGUUCAUAUCUUAAAAUACAUCAGAGAACUCAUACAAGAGAGAAAACUCACAAAUGUAGUGAAUGUGAGAAAUCUUUUACACAUGCCUCAAGUCUUAAAUUACAUCAGAGAAUUCAUACAGGAAAGAACCUUUACCAAUGUAGUGAAUGUGAGAAAUCCUUUCCAUGUGGCUCAGGACUAAGAAAACAUCAGAGAAUUCAUACAGGAGAGAAACCUUACCAAUGAAGUGAUUGUAAGAAAUCCUUUAGCAGAGGCUCAAGUCUUAGAAAUCAUUGGAGAAUUCAUACAGGAGAGAAACCUUACAAAUGUAAUAAAUGUGAGAAAUCUUUUACAUGUGGCUCAAAUCUUAGAGUACAUCAGAGAAUUCAUACAGGAGAAAAACCUUACAAAUGUAGUCAAUGUGGGAGAUCGUUUACAUGUGGUUCAGCGCUUAGAACACAUCAGCUAUUUCAUACUACAGAGAAACCUUACAAAUGUAGUGAAUGUGAAAAAUCAUUUACAAGUGGCCCAGAUCUUAGAGUACAUCAUAGAAUUCAUACAGGACAAAAGCCUUACAGAUGUAGUGAAUGUGAGAAAUCCAUUGCAACUAACUCAAAUCUUAGAAGACAUCAGAGAAUCCACACUGGACAAAAACCUUACAAAUGUAGUGAAUAUGAGAAGUCCUAUAUAAAUGCCUCUCAUCUUAGAGUUCAUCAGCGAAUUCAUACAGGAGAGAAGCCUUACAAAUGUCGUGAAUGUGAGAAGUCCUUUACCUAUACCUCAAUCCUUAGAAAACAUCAGAAAAUUCAUACCCGGGAGAAAAGUUUCAGUUGUAAAUAA